AUGGAGACAGAGGAGAAACAAAACCCUAAUUCCAGACAAUCUGUGCCCAAAAAGCAGAUCCAUUGGCUGAUUCUCAGCAACUACAAGAAGGAUUCUUGCAUGUUGUUCAAUCCCGAGGAAAAAGACAAACUUUACCAAACGCAAGAUCUUGAAUUAUCAAAAGGAUUUUUUAGUGCAACCUAUGGAAGUUGGUUCCUUAUGAGCGAUUCUCUCUGCACUAAUCUCUACAUUGUGAAUAUCUUUACACACGAGAUCAUCAAUCUACCUCCCGUGGAGUCACAGCUUGGAAUGAAAAAGACGAAGCGAGACGAAUAUAAUGGCUUCAUGGUACGAUCUCCUGUGCUUUGGGUUGACGAGAAAACCAAAGAUUAUGUUGUUCUGUGGAGGCUUAAAGACUGCUGUGUUGUUUAUUCCAAGAAGGGAGAUAUGUUUUGGAAUCCGAUCCCGAAAACUUCAGAUUGUUAUCACAUGGUUUACAAGGAUCACAAGCUUUACUUGUUAGACAUAUAUGGCGUUGUUCGUAUCUUUAGUUUAGCUGGAGAGACUCCACAAGAGAGCUUUCUAUGUCGUGUUCCUACUCCGAGCAAUGAACCAUUUAACGAAUGUCUAGAAGUUCGUCACUGGAGAAACCCAUGGACUCAUGAUAGUACAAAACUUGUAGUCACAGUAACAGGAGAAGUCCUCAAGGUUGACAAAUUGUACAAAUACAAAUAUUCGUCGAGACAAAAGAGGUCUAGAGCUGUUGUCUGGUCUUUCCGGGUUUACAAGGUUUGUUCAUCAGGUUUCUUGAAGAAGAAAGAACAGAUCAAGUCUUUGGGAGAGGAGGCAAUGCUUUUCGAUCAAGGCGUCACUAAGCUUGCCAAUGACGUUGAGGGAUUCAUUAGCAAUGCCAUCUAUUUCAGCUAUGGUGAUGAAAACACAACCGGGAUCCUUGUCUUUAAUCUCAACACACGGAAGGUGGAGCCUUUGCACAAAUAUGUUUGGUCCUCUGCUCAGAUCCGUAUCCAUAGAGGUCAAUGGUUCUUACCAAGCUUCACGCAGUCAUCAUCCUGUUCAUCUCAACAAUGA